UACUCCGAAUAGUGAAACCGAACUUUGGCGUAGGUAAAAGCAGGGGGAACAGAAGAUUUUUGCGGCCGGCAAAGUUCUGCAAAGUUCUUCUCUCACAGGCUGUCAACGAUGUCGUAGUUUCCUACUUGCUUAAUGAGGUUUCCACAAUUUAUAAACAAUCCUUUUAUUCUGUAAACAAGCAUGUAAUUGAGUUACGAACUUUUUCACCGCUUUGAGAAUUUGGAUCGCACUCCUUCGACACUGCAAGAGUUACGAUUAUGUUUUGAAAGUUGGAAAUUUUUUAAGAAAAGAUAAUAUUUGGAAAACUAGGGAAAGUUUCUGGAUCCAUAUUUCUGAUCUAGAGGAAAGCACUAAGCCAUCGAUGGGCGAAAAAUGAUGCCAGCGGAAGGUGCAGCCAACCGAAAGAACAGAUAAAGAAGAAGACGAGGAUGGACCACUAGAAUGCUUCCGCCAAGAAGGCAUCCUUCCCUAGAAGAUGAGGAGUCGUCACUUUGCAUUAGAGUAAGAUCAAUUGAUUCCUGAAAGAUGUGAAAAAAAGUAACCAAUGAUGCUUCUACCAUCAGGAUUCCCAAAUGAAUCCUUGUCAGUGACUUCAUCGGAGAAUGACGAAGACAUAGAUAGUUCCUGGGACAUUACCACCAAGUGUCUCAUCGGCAUUCCUCUGGCAAUAAUCAUCUUCAUGGCCUUAACAGGCAACUUUUUAGUCUGCCUCGCUAUUUACACAGAUAGAAGACUCCGCAAGUUAGGAAAUCUUUUCCUUGUUUCGUUAGCAAUAUCGGACCUUUUCGUGUCAUCUUUGGUUAUGACAUUUGCUGUGGCGAAUGAUGUCAUGGGAUAUUGGAUGUUUGGACCACAAUUUUGUGAUACGUGGAUUGCAUUCGAUGUCAUGUGUUCAACAGCUUCUAUUCUGAAUCUUUGUGCAAUUAGCUUGGACAGGUUCAUUCACAUUAAGGAUCCAUUACGUUAUGGUCGUUGGAUGACCAAACGAGUCGUCCUUUUGGCUAUUGGUGGAAUCUGGAUCAUGUCAGCUUUAGUGUCGUUCCUUCCCAUUAGUCUUGGAUGGCACAAACCUAAAAAGGUAUCAGAUAGUCUAGAUGAAGAGCUCCGCCCAACUUGUGCCCUUGACUUGACACCUGUAUAUGCUAUAGUUUCUUCUAUAAUAAGCUUUUAUGCACCGUGUGUGGUAAUGGUUGCUUUAUAUACUAGACUUUACCUCUAUGCACGCAAACAUGUACGCAAUAUACGAGCUGUUACUAAAACGACAAUUAGUUCAAAGCAUUCUGGAUCGAAAUCCUGUAACAGCAAUCAUAAUCAUCACAAUAUGGACCAUAAAGCAGCUAUAACAUUAGGAUUCAUAAUGGGAACUUUCCUUGUUUGUUGGGUACCUUUCUUUUGUAUUAACAUUGUUGCUGCCGUCUGCAAGUCUUGUAUCUCAGAUAUGGUGUUCAAGUUUCUCACCUGGUUAGGGUAUUGCAAUUCGGCACUGAAUCCAAUCAUAUACAGCAUAUUCAACACUGAAUUCAGGGAAGCUUUCCGGAGGAUUCUUCUUACUUAUCUGCAGGCAGAAUGCUGUUCGAUAUCGAUUUGCAAGGACACAUCACGUGAUCGUAGUGAGACCAGGCGAACAACUCUUGCAGUUGGUAAUAGUAAUCAUCUUCGUCCACCGUCAUCGCCUAUGAUUCCUGAUCCUAUCAAUAGGAUUGAAAUGCAAGGCGAGUGGUCUGGAAAAUCAUCUGAUGUAUGAAGUUGAAUAUUGAAACCGAUCGGUUUUAGACCAGUAUGAAGGAACGUCAAAAAUAGGAUCACACAAAGGAAACCGAGGUGUUUGAAAUACAAGAAAUUUCGCCAAGCAAUACAAGAACAAUUUUUCUUAUUUUCACAUCAUUUUUUUUUCUUUUUCAAAUUUUCAUCAUUUCUCAAAUAAUGCUAGUUAUAAAUAGAUUUAGUGUGAACCUCCAAUACAAAUAAUUUAUUUCAUAGAUGCAUUUUAAACAAAUUAUUAGUUGAUCAAAUUUCAUAUUAUCUAAAAAAAAAUUGUAGGAACUUUCUCUA